AUGGCCGACGCUGAGGCGAGCGCCGCGAAUGUGGACGAAGCCAAACCUGACGCGAAGACUUUGCAGAUUCUGCGGGACAUGGCCAAUCGCCUGCGCAUCCAUUCCAUCAGGGCCACCUGCGCCUCGAGCUCUUCUGGCCACCCCACAUCAUGUAGCCAUGCUGCUGAGAUCAUGUCUGUGCUGUUCUUCCACGUGAUGAGGUAUAAACAAAAGGACCCAGAGAACCCAGACAAUGACCGUUUCGUCUUCUCUAAGAGACUCUCAUUUGUUGAUGUGGCAGCUGGAAGGCUGGGGCAAGGACUGGGGGCUGCAUGUGGGAUGGCGUAUACUGGCAAGUACUUUGACAAGGCCAGCUACCGGGUGUUCUGCCUCGUGGGAGAUGGUGAGUCCUCAGGAGGCUCCGUCUGGGAGGCCCUGGCCUUUGCAUCCCACUACAGUCUGGACAAUCUUGUGGCCAUCUUUGAUGUGAAUCGUCUGGCCCACAGCACCGCUUUGCCUCUCGAGCACUCCAUAGAUGUCUAUCAGAAGCGCUGCGAAGCCUUUGGGUGGAAUACUUUGGUGGUGGAUGGCCGUGACGUGGAGGCACUGUGCCAGGUGUUCUGGCAGGCAGCUCAAAUGAAGAACAAGCCCACUGCUGUGGUUGCCAAGACCUUCAAGGGCCAGGGCGUUCCAAGUGUUGAAGAUGAAGAAAAUUGGCAUGGAAAGCCAAUGCCCAAAGAAAGAGCAGAUGCAAUUAUCAAACUAAUUGCGAGCCGGAUAGAGACCAAUAAGAGUCUCAAACCAAAAGCCCCUGUUGAAGACUCGCCUCAAGUCAACAUCUCAGAUAUAGAAAUGACGUCUCCACCUGAUUAUGAAGCCAGGGAUAUGAUAGCUACUCAGAAAGCAUGUGGUUUGGCUCUGGCCAAGCUGGGCCAUGCAAAUGACAGAGUUAUUGUGCUGGAUGGUGAUACCAAGAACUCCACCUUUUCUGACACAUUCAAGAGAGAACACCCUGAGCGCUUCAUCGAGUGUUUUACUGCUGAGCAAAACAUGGUGAGCGUGGCACUGGGAUGUGUCACCCGUGGUCGCACCGUGGCUUUUGCUUGCACCUUCGCUGCCUUUUGGAUCCGAGCAUUUGAUCAGAUCCGGAUGGGAGCCAUCUCGCAAACCAACAUCAAUCUUAUUGGGUCCCACUGUGGGGUGUCCGUAGGUGAAGACGGCCCCUCCCAGAUGGCCCUAGAGGACCUAGCCAUGUUCCGAGCCAUUCCGAACUGCAAGAUUUUCUAUCCAAGUGAUGCCAUCUCGACAGAGCAUGCUGUUUUCCUGGCAGCCAAUACCAAGCUAUUUCUUAGAGAACGCUGGUGCAGACAAACAAUGUGUCUGGGCUCUGCUGCUAGUUUGGGGAUGUGCUACAUUCGAACCAGUCGGCCAGAAACUGCAAUUAUUUACACCCCACAAGAAAGCUUUGAGAUUGGACAGGCGAAGGUCAUCCGUCAAAGUGUGAACGACAAGAUUACAGUUGUCGGAGCUGGAAUUACUUUGCACGAAGCCUUAGCUGCUGCUGAUGAUCUUUCCAAGCAAGAUAUUUCUAUCCGUGUCAUUGACCUGUUUACUAUUAAACCUCUGGAUGCUGCCACCAUCAUCUCCAAUGCAAAAGCCACAGGUGGCCAGAUUAUCACAGUGGAGGAUCACUACCCAGAAGGUGGCAUCGGGGAGGCCGUCUGUGCAGCCGUCUCCGUGGAGCCUGACAUCGUGGUCCAUCAGCUGGCAGUGUCAGGGGUCCCUCGGAGCGGGAAGCCCAGUGAUCUGCUGGAUAUGUUUGGAAUCAGUUCCAAACACAUCAUAUUGGCUGUGGAACGUAUUUUAAUGCAAUAG